GCGUGGCCGAAGCGCGCGCCUCCGAACCCUCCGGUCGCCCGCGCGCUGAACGCGAGCGCGUCGAUCGGCGCGGGGCGGCACGGCGGCGCGCGGCGCGCGGUCGCGCCCUGCGCGAGGCGGCGCAGCGCGCGCGCCGUCGUCGCGGGAGAGGACGACGCGACCGAGGACGCGCGCGCGACGCCCGCGGGCGCGGCGGACGCGUAGUGCGCUCCAGCCAUCAUUGUACUAGUGACUCGCUCGAUGACUUCUCGUCGCCGCCAAAGACUUAGCAUUCGCGUUCGCUCAUGAGGCGCGAGUCGCGCGCGCGUGUGUCGCGGGAGUGGCUUUCCGCGUGAAGCGUUCGGAACCCGCGCGCGUCGGGGUGUAACUCGCCGGAGCGACGCCGGAGAAGGAAGCUUGAAGAAAAUGCGACUUGUUUGAGAAGGCGCUAAAAAAAUCUCCCGCCUUCACCGCCUCGUCGAGGUCGUCGCAUAGGCAAACAGUUAUACGCGGCGCCGGCGCGUACGUACAGUAGUACGAAAGCACGAAAAAAUCGCUCAAAAUCCCGGAGCGCGUCGCGCGUCGACGAAGUCGGCAGGCCGCCCGAACGAUCCCGCAGAUCUGUCGCCGCGUCGAGCGCGCGUGACCCCCUCACCUCGCGCGCGAUGUCGCAGUUCGAGGACUACGGCGGGGUCGUGGACGCCGACGGCGACGACGGGUACUCGUACCCGGACUUCACCGGCGACGGCGCCGCCGCGGGCGCCGCGAUCGACGCCGACGCCGACGCGCGCGUCGACGCCGACGAUCGCCUGGCGGCCGAUUUCGGCGCGCUCGGAAUGCGCGACUCGACGCCUCGCGACGCCGCCGCAUCCGCGGCGUCCCCCGCGUCCUCGGACGACGACGACGACGACGACGCGCCCGUCGCGGAGUGGGCGUGCGCGUACUGCGGCAUCCAAGACCCCGCGUGCGUCGCCAAGUGCGUCGCGACCGGCAAAUGGUUCUGCAACUCGCGACACAACACGCUCCCGGCGUCGUGCCUCGUGUACCACCUCGUGCGGUCGAGGAACAAGGAGGUGUGCCUCCACCGCGACUCCCCGCUCGGGGAGAUGAUCUUAGAGUGCUAUCUCACCGGGCAAAGGAACGUCUUCACGCUGGGGUUCGUGCCGUGCAAGGACGAGGAGGUGGUGGUGUUGCUCGCGAGAGAUCCCGCGAUGAACGCGCCGGGAGUGGGCGGAUCCGGCGCAUCCGGCGCGGGGGCCAACGCGCAGCUCGCCGCGCUCAAAGACAUGAACCUCGACCUGACGCAGUGGCAGCCUCUGAUCGCGGACAAGACGUUUCUCCCGUGGCUCGUGAAGACGCCGAGCGAGCAAGACGCGCUCAGGGCGCGGCAGCUCACCGCGUCUCAGGCGCGUAUUCCUUACACUGGUUCCCAUACGACCGCGUCGGCGUGCAAGCUGGAGGAGCUCUGGAAGACGUCGCCCGACGCCACGCUGGAGGACGUCAUGCGCGGGCCGGGGGAGGACGACGAGGCGCAGCCGGUCGCGCUGCGGUACGCGGACGCGUAUCAGUACCAGAACGUGUUCGGGCCGCUGUUGAAGAUGGAGGCGGACUACGAUAAGCAGCAGAAAGAGUCGCAGUCGAAGGACGGGCUCGUCGUGCGGUGGGACGUGGGACUGAACAAACGACGCGUCGCGUACUUUACGUUUCCGUCGGACGAAGAGGUGGCGCGUCUGAUGGUCGGCGACGAGCUGCAGCUGAGGCACGUGGGUACAAACGCGGACGGGACGCGAACCACGUGGGUUGGCGUCGGGUCGGUGUUGAAGUUCACCGCGAACGAAGAGGUGGGGCUGGAGCUCCGAAGCGGCGGCGGCAAGGCGCCCGUGGAACACUCCACCGGCUUCAGCGUGGAUUUCCUCUGGAAGAGCACGUCGUUCGAUCGCAUGCAGGCUGCGAUGAAAGCGUUCGCGCUCGACGAAACCUCCGUCUCCGGGUACAUCUACCACCUCCUCCUCGGGCACGACGUCGACCCGCAGGAGCUGAGAACGACGCUCCCGCAGCGGAUGUCGGCGCCGAAUUUACCCGAGUUGAACCACUCGCAAGUCAACGCCGUCGCGAGCGUGUUACGGCGACCGCUGUCGCUCAUCCAAGGCCCGCCCGGGACGGGGAAGACGGUGACGUCCGCGACGAUCGUGUAUCACCUCGCGCAGCAGAACCAAGGCCAGGUGAUCGUCUGCGCGCCGUCGAACGUCGCGGUGGAUCAACUCGCGGAGAAGAUCGAGCAGACGGGGUUGAAAGUGGUACGCGUCGCCGCCAAGUCCAGAGAGGCGGUGCUGUCCCCGGUGGAGCACCUCACGCUGCACUACCAGGUCGCACAUCUGGACUCCCCCGAGCACGCGGAGCUCGCGAAGCUACAGCAGCUGAAGGACGAGCUCGGGGAGCUGUCGUCGAACGACGAGAGGAAGUACCGCGCGUUGAAGCGCGCGACUGAGCGCGAAAUUUUACAGAGCGCGGACGUCGUGUGCACCACCGCCGUCGGCGCGGGUGACCCGCGUCUCGCGAACUUCCGCUUCCGUCAGGUGCUGAUGGACGAGAGCACGCAGGCGACGGAGCCGGAGUGUCUGAUCCCGCUCAUCAUGGGCGCGAAGCAGGUCGUCAUGGUCGGCGAUCACUGCCAGCUCGGCCCGGUGGUGGCGUGUAAAAAAGCCGCGCGCGCCGGGCUCGGGCAGUCGCUCUUCGAGCGCCUCAUCCUCCUCGGCGUGCAGCCGAUCCGUCUGCAAGUCCAGUACCGCAUGCACCCGUGCUUGUCCGAGUUCCCGUCGAACACCUUCUACGAGGGCGCGCUGCAGAACGGCGUCGCCGCCGCGGAGCGAUUGAUGACGCACGUCAACUUUCCGUGGCCGAAGCCGUCGACGCCGAUGAUGUUCUGGUCUAUGACGGGCGCGGAGGAGAUCUCCGCGUCCGGGACGUCGUAUCUCAACCGCACCGAGGCUGUCUCCGUGGAGAAGAUCGUGACGCACUUCCUGCGCGCGGGCGUCGCCCCGGAGGCGCUCGGCGUCGUCACGCCGUACGAAGGGCAGCGCGCGUACGUCGUGCAGCACAUGACGCGCGCGGGGGUGCUGCGACAGCAGCUGUACAACGAGAUUCAAGUCGCGUCGGUGGACUCGUUUCAGGGCCGCGAGAAGGAUUUCAUCAUCCUGUCGUGCGUGCGGUCGAACGAGAAGGCCGGGAUCGGGUUUUUGAACGACCCGCGGCGGCUCAACGUCGCGAUGACGCGCGCGCGGUCGGGGCUGGUCAUCCUCGGCAACCCGAAGGUGUUGUCGCGUCAGCCGCUGUUCCACGACUUGCUGCAGCACUUCCGCGAUUGCGAGUGCCUCGUGGAGGGUCCGCUCAACGCGCUGAAAGAGUGCGCGAUGACGCUGAGCAAGCCGAAGUCGCACCGCCCGGGGCGAAGUUACAUCGCGCCCCCGGGGGCGAACCCGGACUUCCGACCGAUGGAGGCGCACUCGUCCGCGCCCGGCGCGUACGACGGCGACGGGUGGCCGUCCCGCGACGGCGGCCGCGGGGGGUUCCGGGACCGCGGCGGCGCGGCGUCGAACCCGAGGAAGUACGCCGCGCCGGCGUCGCACUCGCGGCAGUACGCGAUCCCCGCGGCGGGACCGGGUCCUCCGGGGCACAACUUCGGCGCGCGGAGCGGCCACGGACAUUUCGGCGGGAUGGGGACGGGUCCGGGGUCGUCCCAGGGCGACCCGGACGGUUUGCGUUUCGACGGCGACGGGUUCUCGCAAGGGAGCGUCGGCGUCGGCGACUACGCGUACCCGAACUUCGCGGGGGACUCGCAGAGCGCGCACGGGGCGCCGUCGCAGGGUCACGGGCGGGACGCGGGGUCGUACUUUGGCGAUGGGAGGCCGUCGCAAGGGACGGACGCGGGCGGGUACACGUAUCAGAGUCAGGACUCGUCGUAUCAGUGA